AUGCGCACAAACGGAGAGGACGCGGACGUGAUAGCCGAGCUCCCACCGCCGUCGCAAUCCCACUUUGCCAAAUUCGAAAACUUCGCACCCAACGAUGGUGCGUCCUUUGACAAUGAAUUUGAUCUAUACCGAGAGCCCACAAUUGCGAUGCGCCAAGAGCUAAAGCUGCACUACUUUUCGCAGUCGCAGGACGGCAAUAGCGAAACAGACGCUGGAUUCACAGAGGAGGAUCUGGAGCUUAAGGGCUACCAAAAGCUAUACCGCGAGGUGGGCAUCCCCUCGAACGAUUCCAUUGCGGAGUGCAAAAGGGAUCUGAAGAACGCGCUCGUCAACAUUGUAGACCUAGUCGACGCUCAGCGGUUGGGCAAGAAGGUUGAGGCGUGGAAUGACUUUGGGGCCUUCCGCGACUACACCCUCCAAGAUGAACACCGUAUCGACGCGCGCGAGGCGAAGAAGGAUGGCGGGUUUUUGGCCUCGUUACUGCAGCGUCUUCGACUGCCAGGCUCACAACAAUCUCCUACCUGCCGUCCCAGACCCCACAAUCCUAGGCCGGGCCUAGCUCCGUGGACUCUGUUGUCCAGAUUGUAA